ACCCGACCCGCAGCUCCUCUGAACGCAUCCAGUGAGAGAAAAGCAGCACAAACACAUCGCCAUACAGUGAAUGAGCGCGCGUUCUCAACUAACGAGCAACACAUACAGACAGAGGAGUGAGAGCGCGUUUAGAUGAGAGCUAUAGGGCGGCUGCGCAUCGCUCCACACCUCCAGUCCCGGGACCUUCUCCUGAUCUCUCCGUGAGGAGCGCACGCAGAAUUUGGGACGCGUAACGGCGUCGGUCCUCCGUUCACCGCCACAGCAGCUCCUCCGUAACGGCCGAAGCAAACCGAAGAAGGAGCGAAUACUCCGCGCUGAGGAGUUUCCAAACUCCGAAGUCAUGGGGAAAAACAAACAUCAGAGAUUUAGAUUGGGAUUAGUGCUUCUCUUUCUGUGGGUUCUGCUCCAAAUAGUUGACGCGCAAGGUGAUGAUGACUUCCUGUUGGGGUUGGGUGAGCUGCCGGAGACCUUCCCCAGCGACCCUCCAGAGCCCCUCCCACACUUCCUGCUGGAGCCGGAGGAUGCUUACAUCAUCAAGAACAAAGCUGUCAAUCUCUACUGCACGGCCACACCUGCCGCUCAGAUCUACUUCAAAUGCAACGGCGAGUGGGUUCAUCAGAGAGAGCACACCAUAGAGGAGCGGGUGGACGAGACGUCGGUUCAUCUUGAGUGUGUGCGAGUUGGGAGCAGGUUAUCGGUGCGGCCCAAGGGCACUUCACUCUACCUCUGUCGUCUCGGGUUGAGUGUGUGUGUGAGAGAGACACAGGGACAUGGAGACUGA